GGGGAGAAGAAGAGAAAUGGAACAGAACAUAACACUCCAUUUUUUUUUGGUCUGAAUGUAAAAUCCAACAAAACGACAGCGGGUGGCACAUUUUGUCAAUGGUCAAGGCUGGCAGAGUGUAGCAUGGUGGCUCUGUUUUGUGAAUGGUUAGAGACUGAAGAAAAAGGGGGAAAAUGCCCCGACUCGGUCGAGGGAACUCGGCUCGACAGUCGGGCUCGUCGGGUUGUUGCCGAACCGCCCUGUCGUUGUUGCCAGAACUGCCGCAACCCACGGACGAGAGCUCGAUGGCGAGCUGUCGGCCUGUCUCGCAAUCCCGUCCGCCCGCGGCAGCGUCCAGCGCGUGGUCCGCCAGGCCGUGCCAGGUUGUGCCAGGCUGCGGGCCAGGUAACAUGUCCGCCAGGUUGUCCUGCUAGGUUGUGUCCUCCUGGGUUGUGUCCUGUGUCCUGCCGGGUAACUUGUCCGCCAGGUCGUGUCCGCUAGGUAACUUGUCCGCUAGGUUGUCCGCCAGGUUGUACAGCUGUAUUAGGGCCAUCUGGUUGCCGUCUCGCUAGCUUGUCCUUGCCAGCUUGUCCGGGCGCGUGAGACUGCAUAAAGCUGUGAGAGCGGCGUUUGUCUAUUGCUGCGUCCGAGUCGGUUCAGUUGUCGAGCAACCUCACCACUGCCACCACUGCUCACCUCACCACCCCCCACCCACUGCUCACUUCAUCACUGCCUCCACCACUGCCUCACCUCACCACCUCCCACCACUGCUCACUCCACCACUGCCUCAUUUCACCACCCCUCACCCACCACUCACCCCCUUUGCCCGCUCGCUGUUGUCCAAGACGCGACUCGUCCGCCUGCCCUCGAGACCCAAUAACGCGUCCCGUCAACUGCACAAACAUGACACGUGUCAACUGCACACAACACCACCGUCAACUGCAC